CCUCUUUCUUCUUUUUCGACUUCACCUCAUCGCCGAUCGAUCUUAAUCGCCCACUGCACUCUUACUGCUACUUUCCUGCCCAACACUCAUAUCUGGCCUAGCCUCCUCUCAGGAGACACCAAGGCCCACCUUCUCUAUUCACACCCACCCUCGAAGCUUACACACCAGCUCAAUCACUGACCAUCUCUAACUCUGCCACUCGUGAGUAACACUCAUGAGGAAAUUACUGCUCUCUCUCAUUGCCCUGUCGGCGCUAUGGUCCGGACACGUUGUUCAUGGCCAGAUCAUGGUCGGCUGCUUUCAGGGCCAACCCGAUAGUAACGUAGGAUCAGAUCCCAAGUCCGUCCAGGAUAUCUUCAUGUCCCAAGGCGCAUGUAUCAACUUUUGCAGGUCCAAUGGCGCGGCCUAUGCAAUCACAUCCGAGGGCUCGACUUGCCGCUGCUCCAACACUGCUCCUGCGGACUCCAACAAGAUCGAUGAUGCCAAAUGUGACAAACCAUGCAUGGGCUAUCCCUUCGAGAUGUGUGGAGGCGCCGCUCACGGCACCGCCAACGUCCUCCUGAUCGGCGGCACCGCAAAUAUUCCGACCGCAAAUAACGGAGGCGGCUCCACCUCCAGCUCUGGCCCCAGCUCCAUUUCCGGUUCCAGCUCUAGUUCUAGUUCGAGUUCCAACCCCACUCCUAGUUCAGAAUCAGGUACGAGUGACCCGAGCCCCACAAACAACCCGGACCCCGGCAACGGAGGGAAGACCCUCAGCUCCAACAGUCCGGAAAAAACGGGUUCUGGUAGCGCAAGUGCAGGCACGAUUGCCGCCAGCAUUAUGGCUAUCAUCGGUUUCGGUAUUCUGUUUGGCGUGGCCGUCGCUUUCAACAGGCGCCGUCGAAGGCGCCGUGCACAAGCAGCAUGGACAGAGAAUAUGCUUCUCCCGUCCGCGCUGGUCCACACAUCCAACGACGAUGAGCUCGAAGGCCAUGAUUAUACCCGCGCCAGCCCAAUUUACUCUAGCAAUACCGCAAGCCAUCCUGGACUCCCAUGCGUACCUGCUAGUCCCCCCAACAUGCAUUUCCCUCCACCCCCGGCGCUUCAUCCUCGACAGAGUGGAUCUGUGCACAUGCAUCGGCCGAGCUAUCCAUCGCCGAUGGUGGGCCCUCAUUAUAGCACUGGCAUGCGAGGGCCUUACCAACCGUUUCCUUUGCCCAUGAUGCUUGCACAGCAACAACAAUCACAAUACGGGCGUACGGGUAUACACCACAAGGAGCUUCUUUUAUCCUCACCACCUCCGUUCAGUCGUGCACCCCAAUCCCUGCAGCAGCAGCCUGCACGAAUGGACGAAGAAGGGGAGGAGAAUCAGCGUGAGAGUAUAUUGUCGCGCUCGUCCAUGAGAUCGAUCCGCACAGAUACUCUGCGAGGAUCGAUUGACUCCACGAGCAGCAAUGUGAAAAUCAUCCCUUCUGAUGACAGCCACUACAACACCGACUCUUGGGCAGAUGAUGGCAGUUUGCAGCGAUAG